ACGUAGCUCGGUAUCACGUGACUCACAUCACCUCGCAACUCGUUUUGUUUUACUUUCAGCCGAGAAACGGUCGCUGGUCGUUGGGAGGUGGCCGAGCGUAGUUAGGUGGGAGAGAACGCCAAGGUAGAGUGGAAGGGGCAUUGUUUCGAAACACGGUCGUGCUGUGAACGUUCGUUUUCUGUUUUGUUGUGUUGUUUUCGUGAAUUAUUCCCUUUCUGGUAUCCAACUGCUGUGUGUUAUGAAUGGUAAAUUGCCAGUGCGAGUUUUGUUUUUCAGUGAAGUGAAAUGCAGCCCACAAGUGGAAAGUUAUCUAGUUUAAAUCUACUUUUGAACAGGUAGACUGCUCUCGCAGGCAGGAAUGCUCACCCAGUCCAGUAUGAGAAAUUGUUGUUGUAAGGAAACGAAAACUUUCAAAGUCUGAUUCACCUUUUUUUCUCAGUGUACAACUUUUCGAUUCUACUCUGCAAGUCAUUACGCAAGGAUAAAAAGCGCCAAUAAAAUGGGUCUUAUUGGCAACCAAGUGGACGAUACAAAUCUAAUGGCGUGUCGUAGAAGAAAUAAAUUUCUGGAGCGCCGCUGGAGGACGUUAAGUGUUUUUUAUUUUUUGUGCGUGUGUAUGUGCGUUUGUGAAGUGAAAGGUGACUUUUAUAACGAUAACAUGAAUCGAUUCCAAUAUUCGACCGACCCACCGGGCAGUGGUACAGAGUUGACUAACGGCGUAAUAAACAAAAAACAAAAACUGGAGAAAUCCUUGAGUCCAUUCAUAGUGAGGGAUGACAUUAUCAUUGAGCGGGAGGGCGAGCUGACCAUUGACCCUGGAGUGGAGAUCAGAUUCGCACCUAUGGUGGGGAUCACUGUCAGAGGAGUUCUUAUGGCCAAGGGCAGUCAGGAGGAGAGGAUAGUGUUGCGGAGUGCAUCGGAGCCAGAGAGACUGUUGCCUCGGCCAGACUUGCGCCUAGUGGAUGGUCCCUCUCCACUCUCAGGCAGGUUACAGGUGCUGCACAAUGGGCUUUGGCGUGACGUCUGCUCCAACAGUCGCAACUGGACCAGGGCAGACAUGGAAGUAGCUUGUCGCCAACUAGGGUGGCAAGGUGGGGCAUGGGCCGGCUGGUACGACCGCCGUACAGGGCCCACUCAUCCUCGGCUUCUGUUGGAGGCCCCUGGCUGUCGGGGCACCGAGGCUUCCCUCCAGGAGUGUGAUUGGAGAAGCAGGCAACUGGGGUCUGGUGUUUGUGACUACCAUCCGGACUUGGGUCUUCAGUGCCUGCCUUACCACGAGACAUCGUCCAGCAUAGUGCAGCACUGGAGAGGGGUCAAGUUCCAACGCGCCAGACACUAUGAGGCCUUCACACUGGCAAACUCUCUGCGCCUCUCCAUGUCUGAGUCAGAGCUGGCCUUUGUGGACAUCCUGCAUGCAGGCUCAGGGAGAGAUUACAAUGCUAGUUCUGCGGUGGAAGUGGAGGGUAUACCACCCAGACUGUACUCUGUCACUGUUAACCAUUCUGCCUACAAUGGAUUCAACUUCUCCGAUCCCGAUGCUCCAAUAACGCUACAGAAUUGUACAGUCAGCAACAACAGAGGCUAUGGAAUUUAUGUGAACAGCUCAAUCGGAGGAGUGUUAUUGAGUGGCUCAAGGAUAAUGGAGAACGGAGCAGACGGUGUGAAGUACGUUCACCAUGACAAGCAGCAUUUCCAACGAGACAGCAUCUUUGACUUCUGUACGUUCUCAACCACGUUUUCCAUGAUCUAUCCGGUCAAGAUCUCAUUGGCUCAGAGUGCAUACAGUCCUGUCAAGAAGGAGUGCUACAAGACUUUCUCGACCAACAGUGAGCAAGUACUGACCAUCCAGUUCUUGUCCACUGUGACCGACCGCAACGACAGCACCACUCUCCAGGUCUACGAUGGAAGCAGCUCCUCCAGCCUCCUGCUGGGCUCCAUCAACUUCCGAAACACCACCCGACCCCAGAGCAUCACCACCUCCCGCAACAAGAUGUUCCUUGUCUUCACCGCUGAACCCAACACACAGACUGAGACUCUGAUCAGGAUUAUCACAGGAUCUCGAAAAUGGUAUGACCUAAAAAUUGUGGAUUCUAUGGUCGAGGACAACAAUGGAAGAGGAGUGCUGGUGGAAGGUUUCCGGAGUCAGUUCCAUCUUUCACAUACAGCAGUCUCCAACAACAACCAUGUAGCAGGGAUUCAUGUGCUACGAGGUGUGGGAUUUGUUAAUAUCUCCGAUUCUAGAAUCGCCUUCAAUGUUGGAGAUGGAGUGAACGUCAGUUAUACAGGAGGUGUGGUCAAUGUCACCAGGUCUUCUUUCUCCUCCAACAAGGGCUUCGGAUUGGCUGUCUGGAUAAAUGACACUAGAGAGCCAGAAUAUAAGGCGUUCAAACAGGAGACAAACGUUGCGUACAGUGAACUGUUCCGGAACCUAGAGACCGGGCUCUUAGUUGGUAACUUCUGUGGAGACUCCAUCGUCAACAUCACAGGCAACUCUUUCAACCUCAGUCUCAACACUGCUAUAGAGGUGAAAUCUUGUUGGAAGAAAGAUGUUCCAUCAACGAGGGUUCAAAUCGGACACAAUACGUUCUCCCAGAACAAGCGGCUUGGUAUCAAGAUUCGGCCGGCAGUGAAUAUGGAUGGAGUCAUAGAAUUCAAUAGACUUAGUGGUCAUGUCUAUGGUGGUAUCCUGAUCAAGAACGAUCCAGUGGAGGAACUGGAAGUUAUGCCCAGCCGGUUUGCAAUCAGGAACAAUGAAUUUGUGGACAACAGCGGAAUCUAUGUAGUGAACAUCGGAUUGUCCCCUUACAGUGAAGUCCACAGCAUCCUCUUCACUUGGAACUUUAUCAAGAGGAAUAGGAUACGGGAACCUUUUGAUGAUGGAGCAGAAGAGGCAAGACUGACACCUCGUAGUCGAGUGGCGGCAGUUCUUGUCGUCUCAUCAGCAAAUGUGGUAGUCUUCCGCAACAUUCUGCAGAACCCUGAGUCCGCUUAUGAGCUAGGCUCUCAUCUGCAGGACCAGAGUCAGGUGAUCAACUGUACCUACAACUGGCUGGGCUCAUCCAUCGAGGAGCGAAUCUUUGAAAGAGUAUUCCACAGGAAAGACCGGUACAAUCUGGCGAAGAUCAUAUACAUGCCUUACCUGCUCCACUCCAGCAACCCCGGUGCAAGCACCAUCAUGCAGAAUCCACUGUUUGUGCCCCAGUUCCACAUAGAGGGAACAGAUGCUGUGGGAGGGGAGGUGGAUGGGAGGGAGAGUCUUCGCCCUGGGGAGUACAGGGUCCUGAGGGACAUCAACAUUCGACCUGGAGGCAUUCUCACUCUGCAACCUGGAGUCGUCCUAAGGUUUCCGCCAGGAGUGGGCAUGAUGGUGGCUGGACGCCUAGAGGCCAGAGGGCGUAAGGUGAACGACAUCUUGUUGACGCUGAGGGAGGAGGCUGUGAUGGAACCUCCUGCUACAGAGGUUGAGACAGAGGCUCCACUGCCCCCCGCCCCUACUGUCCCUAUCAGACUGUUGGGAGGCCGCACUGAGCACGAGGGCCGGCUCCAGGUGCGUAUUGGAGAAGAGUGGGGGACAGUUUGUGACUACGGCUGGACGAUGCUGGAUGCUGCUUUGGUCUGUCAUCAGUUAGGGCUGGUACUGAACCCUGAUGAUUGGUUUAUAGAGCGGGCAGACAUACCGGAGGCUGGUACGUCAGAGAGGAUUAUAAUGAGCAAUGUGCGGUGCACGGAAGAAGACCACGACAUCACAGAGUGUCGAGCCGAGCGACUGCCCCACAUAGAGAACUCCUGCGACCACAACCAAGAUGUGGGACUGCGGUGCUAUGAACCUCACUGGGCAGGUGUCAGGUUGGGAGUUCUGGCAGAGCGGACAGACUUGCAGUACAUCACCGUGGAGAAGGCUGGCUUACUCGAUUAUACCACAAAUGAAUUCAAACCUGCUGUACAAGUGGAUCUGUACCACCACAGCUUCGACAGUGUCCGGGUGGUAGAUAACGUACAGGAUGGGCUGGGAGUUGUGUACGCAGACAUCUAUAGCGGCACUACCAAUAUAGUGCGCAACUCCGAGUUCAGCAACAACCGCGGCAGUGGAGUAGCGUUCAAGCAACUUGGCCUCAAGAUUACAGGUUCAACGAUAGAGAAUAACAAGAUAGCAGGUAUUAGACACAACCCAGCGCUGUCGUUGUAUCAACAGAGGGAGCUAGCAGGGUGGUUCAAACCCCUGACGGAGGUGCAGAACCAGUACUCUCCCUCCAGCUAUAAACCUCUCAGCAUACCCCAGACAUACCCCAACAUUGACCUGGAGGAGGGUCAGACCCAAUACCUCAUCACCCAGAGAGUCACCUUGGACCCGAUCAACAAACAGUUCUUCCUCAGGUGCAAGCCAGGAUUUGUCCUCGGUCUUCAGCUGCUGAACCCCAUCCACAACCGCAGCACAGAGGAUAUCCUGGUGUACGAUGGCCAGGAUAUGCACUCUGUUCAGGUGGUUUGGAGUGUGCGGAAAGAUCUGUUGGUGUUUCCCACCACUACCACAUCCUACACUGUGGUCCUGGACUAUCACAGUGGUACUGAUGCCCUGGGACAUGCGAUCAUGGCUGUGUCCUGCCUCAGAGCUCCAGAGCAGAACAUAGAGCGGAAGGUGGUGAAGGGACCAAUACCAACUUUGACUCUAAUCAACACCAAGAUCAAAGGGAAUGAGAGAGGCAUCUGGGCUUCCUUCUACAACAGAUAUUUGACAGAGAGCGGGGAGCACUAUUUGCGGCAUAGCAAUGAAUCGCUGAUGGUCGUUGGGUCUGAGCUGUCACACAACAACGGAGAGGCCAUCUUUGUGGAUUCUCCCCACUGGAACCUGGCCGAGAGUAACAUGUCAGAGAUCACCUUUGUUGUCAACACUUCCUUGAUCACCGACAAUGGCAGGGGCAUCCUACAGUUCAGCAGGGACUUACGCAGCUCGAACAACUUGUUCCACUGGCUGCUCAGUGACAACUCGGUGGAGAGAAACCACGCCGGUGGUCUGGAGCUGAGCCUGCCUUACGUGUGGCAGUACAACGAGAACUUCACUCACUCAGUGGUCCUCCACAAUAACACUUGGCGGUCUAACCGACAGUACGUCUUUGUUGUCGGCGGGCACUUUGCAAGGUUUAACAUGACAAGUAACGUAUUCGAGGACAACGUAUGUCGUGGUGGACUGGUGUCGGUGCAGGGCAUGGAGAAGCGGAUGUGGCUCCAUGGCAAUUCUAUGGAGCGAAACACCGGCACCUUCCUGGUGGAGUUCAAGGCCGACAGCCAGUCAGAGAUCAUGGGAGAGUUACGGGCAGAGUUCAGCAAGAACGUGGUUCGCCACAACAAGCCACCAGCACCAGAGACUCCGUCCAGUGUUAUAGUGUUUGAUGGACUUCAGCGUGUGAGGGUCAAGCGAAACCUGCUCUCAGACAAUUCACAGGCCUACACUCUGGUGGCUGGCGUCAGGACAGCCUGCAUCGAUUCUACUGUAGAUGUCACUGAGAACUGGUGGGGCACGACUAGCGAAUCAGAAAUCAUCAGCAAAAUAUUCGACUUUGAUGACUGGAACGAUCACGCCAUUGCCAUCUUCAAGCCAUUCCUCGUGGAAAAUGCUUUUGAAGGCUCUUUAUCUGUUGACUACCAGCAGCCUACACCUCUGGAUUUGAACCGCCUGUCUGGUCGCCUGAAGCAGUCCAUAACCUUGUAUCCUCGUGACACUCCAUAUCAGGUGUUUUCUGACGUGACGGUGAUGCCUGGAGUCACACUGACCAUAGCGCCAGGAGUGGUCAUGGAGUUCGCUCCCCGGGUAGGACUACUGGUGCUGGGACGGCUGGUGUCCCGAGGGCGUCGGGGUCAAGAGGUCAUCAUGAGGCCCAUCACCCAGUCAAACAAGCAGGUUCCCAACAUGGCUCUCACAAAGAACUCAGUGAGGUUGUGUACGAUGCGCAACUGCUCAGACGAUCCACAGUUCCUGGACAAGCAAGAGGGGUUCUUGGAGUACCUCAACUCCACGACACUCCAGUGGGUGCCUCUCUGUGACUCCCGGUUCUCGGAGCACAAUGCGCGAGUGGUAUGUCGCCAGAUGGGAAGGGAGUCUCUCAACUCCUGGGUGUCCCACGGCCCGAGGGUGGAGUUCCACCCGAACUCCCUCACCAGGAUAUGGUCCUGGCCAGAGCCGGUUCAGUGCACAGGUGAAGAGGCCCGUCUAGAAGACUGUGAGAUCCGACUGAACGGACAGUUGUACGGCAAACGACAUCGGUGCUCAUGGAACAGUCAGUUUGUGUUUGUGCGAUGUGGCCAACGCAACCUGCCUGCGGACCAGGAUUACUGGGGAGGCAUCCGGUUUGCCAAUCAGGAGUUUGAGCAGAGUGUGUUCGAGGGUCGUGUCCAUGACGUGGUGACACAUGAAACGGUCCGGCCUACGGAGUCAGUGCUAGAGUUUACCAAUGUGACCGGCGCAGGCUUGCUGCACUCCCAACGCAGUCCUGCCAUACUUGCCGUCUACAAGUGUCCUGUAAUCAUCAAUGUCAAUGUGUCUCACUGCGCUUCCCACGGCAUCUCCCUCAUUUCACCGCAGUACACUGUUAGCCUGCUCUUCAACUGGGUGCAACACACACUGGGCGUAGGGGUAACGAUCGCUUCGCUGACAGGGGAAGGUCGGGAGGGUGGAGAGAGCUCGUUCACGCCUGCCCGCCAACUGCCUCUGCCUGCUCACAUUUUCGGACUCGUCGAUGUGUGUGACCCUGCCAAAGAGAUUGUGGUGCAAGAGCGAGUCGUGCUCUACUACAAGUACAACAACAAACCUGUCAGCUGUGUCAAAAUCUUCUACAACGAGUUCCGUGUGAAACCAUUUGGAUUCAGGCUACUCCAGCUGAACUUGCUGAACUCGACCGACAGCAUCUCCGUGUACGACGGAGACAUCUACAACAAGGCUAGGCUACGGCUAGUAGCUGAAAUCACUGCAGAUUCUCCGCUGGAGAAGAGGUUUGUGACCACACGAGGACCCAGCCUCAGUAUCCGGGUGGUGGCUAGUGGUGCCAGUGAGAGCUAUGGCUUCAUCGCAGAGAUUGUCACAACUCCAAUCUCCGCUAUUGGCUUCAACAGAGACGUUCAGCAUAACAUCUCCUACUCUGCCCUGUCACACAACUGGCAAGGGGCGCUUCACUAUGUCAGUGCUGGGGAGGUAAAUCCUCGUGUUACCCUGGAGUGGAACCAAAUCACGAACAACUGCGCCAAACUCUACGGCAACUUUACCACCUGCCUCGGUGCAGUCACCAUGGAUCUCCAGAACACGCAGAAUCUUCACUUCCGUAACAAUCUGGUACGGGCCAAUCAGGGUGGAUUGUGGGUGAGGGCAGACUCCAGGGGUUCUGCCACCUCACUCAAGGGAUGGAUACACCACAACCUGUUCACGGAGAAUGACAACGGUCCGGCGCUCAGUGUCGAGGGCAGGCAGUCCAGUCCGUACCAGGAGGUUACAGUGUACCGCAACUACUGGGCUAGGAACCGGGGCUUCAUCCACAACGUCAUCCGCCUUAACCAGGUGGUGUCCAACUUCACGUUCAACUACCUCCACAACAACCUCGGCAGCCACAUACUGGAAGUCUCUGGGUUUGAGAGAGUUCGUCUGCCGUUCUACCAAACUACAUCACACAAUGGCUUCUACUGGAACUUUGCAGUAGAGAGAGACUCGAAAGGAACUGUCAUAGCUGGGACUGCAGGUCAACAGUAUGUCGACAACAUUUUCUUCAAUCCUGACAAUGAUUAUGAGAUAAUCACUGUCAAUAGAUCAUUAGCUGGGAUCAGAAGACAAGAUGUGUGGAAGACUCCGAUCGAUGCCAGAAACAACUACUGGGGUUUCAACGAAACGAUUGCGGUUAGUGGACGGAUACGAGACCGUUCCGACGAGCCUCACCUACUGGAGGUAGACUUCCGGCCAUUCCAGAUGAACAACCGAUCUAUCCUGUCUGGGAAAUGUCCUCCUGGCUGGGACCUUGUGGCUGACACUUGUUACAUCUACAUCGGGGCUCCUAUGACGUUCCAGGAGGCCAGGGACUUCUGUCGGUCGGACAAUGCAUCAAUGCCCUACGUGAUGGGCAACUCCCUGGAGAUAUUCAACUUCCUGCGGAGACAACAGCAGAAGUACAACUUCUACGACCGUGUGUGGGUUCAGCACAUUGACCGGAUCAACCAGUGCACAGUGUUCGUGUACCAGACGAUAGAGGUCGAUCACUGCCUCCGUCUGAACCCUUUCCUCUGUGAGAUGGAUCCGAAGGUCCACAUCUCACUGCUCAGCUGGAAGGAUGAUAUGGUCACCGUGGCUGUGCUAGGAUCUGUGUUGGCAGCCAUCUUGUUGGUCGCUGUGCUCGUGUUCCUGUGGCUAUCAAAGAAUCGGCACCGCCGUGCUGAGCGGCUCCAGCGGCGUAACUCCAUACGUCAGUCUCUCCACUCAGUUCGCUCUAUUGGAUCUAGCCACGGUGGCUUUGCCACAAUCAAUGCGUACAGGCACAAACACGCCAUGCAGAGCCAGACAUCGACACCGACCCUGAACAAAAGUAGUGACUAUAAGAAGAUGGCUGGUAGCAUAGACUCUAUGGACAAGAGUCAGCUGAAUUCUUCGCUCGAGGAGGAAACACAAAGCUAUGACAUCUACGAAGCCCACAACCCCUCGGCCUCGGAGGCCGUCAACCCCAGUUUCGACCUGUCCUACAGAAACCAAGGUUUCCGAGACAACUCAACGUUCGCAUCACGCACAAACAGCACAUGGCAAUCACAAGAGGACUACUUUAACAAUGCCUCGACACUGCCACUGCACACCUCACUUACGUCUUCUACUCUAAAUGGAGUGAAGACAGACCCUGACUUCCAGACAGAGAGAGAGUACAAUGUGUACUACGAGCGGCCCAAGAGUGCUGCGCUGUUAGAGACUAAUCUGGAUGAGCCCCAACCCUCCGCUCGCCAGGCUGCUCCUUCUCCCCCGCCGCGACCCCGUUCUGAGACUCUAUUGGAGACGGACCUGGACUACCCUCCACCCCCCAGUCCUCGUGACCUACGUACCUUCCAGCCCCUGCUCAGCAAGAGCCAACCCCUAGAGACUGCUAUGUGAGGUAUCCUGGAAUCUAAAUUUAUCUUCAAUCA